CGCCUCCCCCCUCCUUCCUCGCCCCCCUUUUUCCCUUUAGUGCACGAGUUUACCUCUAGAGGUCAUCAGGCAGGAUUUACGACUGGACAACAAAAGCACGUGAUGUGGAGCCGUACCCCAUAUUUGGGUGCCUACGUAGGAGGGAACCGAGUACAUGUCCCAGUCAUUUCCAUAAUUCAUCAUAAAUUGUGCAAGGGUGCUAUAGACGCACCAAAAAACGAAGCAAAGAGAGCCACAAAUCAAGCCCCCCAAUUUCCACCGAUCUUUUUAAAAAAAUUAUUCCACUACCAUCACCCCAACCAACCAAGCAACCCAACAACAACAACGACAACAAAUGAGCUCUUAUUUUGUAAACUCCUUUUGCGGUCGCUACCCCAAUGGCCCGGAGUACCCGUUACAUAAUUAUGGAGAUGCCAGUGCCGUGAGCGAGCAAUUCAGGGAAUCCGCUGCCAUGCAUUCCGGCAGGUAUGGCAACAGCGGGGGCUACGGCUACAAUGGCAUGGACCUCAGCGUCAGCCGCUCGGCUUCCGGCCACUUUGGAGCAGCGGGGCCCUCGGAGAGGACGAGGGGCAGCUACCCCGCCAACGCCAACGCCUCCUCUUCCUCCUCCUCCGCGGCCAACACCCCCGAGGCCAGGUAUGCCAACCGGGCGGCGGCGGCUGCGGCAGCAGUGGGCACCCACUCGCCACACUCGCCUGACCCGCUGCCCUGCGCUGCUGCCGCCGCAGCCCCCUCGCCAGCCAACGGCAGCAGCGUGAAAAACUCCACCGCCAACUCGACCGGCGCUUCCUCUACUUCCAGCAGCACCAGCAGCAGCGCCAGCGCCAACAACAGCCAUGGCAGCGGCGGCAGAGAAGGGCUCAGCGCCUCGCCGGGCACAGAAGAGGCUCCUCCGGCCGGCAGCGAGCAAGCCAACCCCCAACAGAGCGACCAAAGCCCGGCCCCACAGCCGCCACAGCCCCAGAUCUACCCCUGGAUGAGAAAGCUCCACAUAAGCCAUGACAACAUAGGGGGGCCCGAAGGGAAACGGGCUCGGACUGCUUACACCCGCUACCAGACGCUGGAGCUGGAGAAAGAGUUUCACUUCAAUAGAUACCUGACCCGCAGGAGGAGGAUUGAAAUCGCACACGCUCUUUGCCUCUCAGAGAGACAGAUCAAGAUCUGGUUCCAAAACCGGCGCAUGAAAUGGAAAAAGGAUAACAAGUUGAAGAGCAUGAGCAUGGCAGCGGCCGGAGGAGCCUUUCGCCCCUAAAAGAGGGACCCCGGAUUUGCCCCAACUAAACCCAAAAACAAAACCAAGUACUGAGCAGUAUUAUAUGAGCUGACUCUGCGUGGAAUGUCAGUUGUCUGUCUGUCUGUCUCUCUCUCUGCCUCUCUCUCUCUCUUUCUCUCGCGUUGACUUGCUCCAACUUCCCCGGGAGAGGGGAAAACGCUCCCUAGUCCAUCUUUUAAUCAUGAGCCUGUUUUAAUUGAGCUUUCCCAGCGCGGGUUACCAGUAGAUCUGCUUCUUUGUCUUGAAUGGCUUUGUCUUGAAGAAGAAGAAGAAAAAAUAAUAAUAAUAUGUAGAUGUUUUAACUUAUUUAUAUAAAGCGAGUGGUGUUACUUGAAGUAACUGUAAAAAGGAGGGGGGAGACUACACACUCACCAAAAAAAAAAAAAAAAAACCCAGUAAGGGAGAGCCAUCGACUCCCUUCUUCCUUCCUCCCCCCUCCCUCUCUUUCUCCCCCACCCCUGUUUCCACCCCCAUGUUUCUCUGUGUGUUGCACUCGCUGUGCUUAACUGUGCAUGUGUGUUCAAAAAAAUAAUAAAAAAGUGUCGGUGUCUGUAUAGCUCCAAGCUGUGGCCAAGAUUUCCAAUCCAAACCUACCUAUCUUAAUUCCUGUUGUCAUUAAUGGCUGUUGUAGAGGUGAAAUGAUGAAAUACAAAAACGGAACUGUGUCCUAACUUGUAGUGAAUAUAGUGAAUCUGUGACGAAAACUGUGAUCCCAGACAGUAUGUCCUUGCUGUGCCUUUGUAUAUGACUCCUUUUUUGCACGAACUCUCGAAAAAGUGGCUUUUUCUUAAGCGCAGCUUCAGUAAUGUAUAGGGUGCUUUCUUUCUUGCUUUCCUUCUCUCUCUUUCUUGUGGAUAAAGUUACACAUUGAGUCAAAGUCUGGCUGGCUGUCUGAGCAAAAAAAAUAAUGUGAUCGGCCUUUUAAAAAUGUUUUGUUUUUUUUUAAAAAAAGAACUGACUGGAAAAAUAAACUUUCUAUUGUAA